CAGCAGUGCCACCCACCAGCUCCACCCACCUGUGCCCAGCAGUGCCACCCACCAGCUCUGCCCCCUGUGCCCAGCAGUGCCACCCACCUGUGCCCACCAGUGCCAUCCACCAGUGCCCAGCAGUGCCACCCACCUGUGCCCAGCAGUGCUACCCACCUGUGCCACCAGUGCCAACCACCAGUGCCCAUCAGUGCAGCCCAGCAGUGCCGCCAGUCAGUGCCACCAGUCAUUAGUGCCCAACAGUUGUGCCAGUCAAUGCCCAGCAGUGCCGCCAGUCAGUGCCGCCUAUCAGUGCUGACUAUCAGAACCCAUCAUCAGUGCCGCCUAUCAGUG